ACAGACACACACUCUCUCUCACUUUAGGCGUUUUAAAAUGCAACACAGUAAACAUGUAACUGUGUCAGGUUUGCUGCAGGCUAAACCGCAGAUGUCGCGCACCAGGGAUCGACUCCUAUAAAAGGUUAUGGAUUCGAGCCUUCCUCGUUUUAUCUUCUUCAUCCUGAUUGGCCUUGUCAAAUGUUCUGUUGAUGACCAACAUCACAACAGCACCCGCCACUAUGAUUACUGCGUGCUUGGUGCAGGGCCUGCAGGGCUUCAGAUGGGUCACUUCCUUUCCAAGGCUAAAAGAGACUACAUCAUCCUGGAGAGGAACUCAGGACCUGGCAGCUUCUUUAACAAGUAUCCCAGACACAGGAAGCUCAUUAGCAUCAACAAGAUCUACACAGGAAGGCAGAACCGAGAGUUCAACCUGCGCCAUGAUUGGAACUCGCUGCUGAGCGAUAAACCCGACCUCCUGUUCAAGCGAGUCAGCAGUGAGUUUUACCCGCCAGCUGAUACCUUCCCACUCUACCUGUCCAUGUAUGUGAAGGAGCUCGGGCUCAGGGUCCAGUAUGGUGUGGAUAUUGGAAGGAUCAGGGCAAUGCAGUCAGCCACCAGCAGGAGUUACAUCCUGACUGAUCAACAUGGGAUGGACUACAAAUGCAGUGUCCUUCUGGUAGCCACAGGUCUGUGGGUUCCUCAGGAGGUAGAGUUUGUCGGCUCUGACCUGGUUGAGGGCUAUGAGUCCAUCUCCACCAACCCAGAGGACUACAAGAACCAGUUCGUACUUAUUCUGGGCAAGGGGAACUCUGCUUUUGAAACAGCUCAGAACAUCCUUGGAAGAGCAAGUCAUGUCCACAUGGUCAGUCGCAGCCCUGUUCGACUGGCUUGGCAAACACAUUAUGUGGGAGACCUCAGAGCUGUGAAUAAUGAACUAAUAGACACUUACCAGCUGAAGUCCCUUGACGGCUUAUUGGAAGCGCAGCUGGAGAAAAUAGUGAUUGUUAAACGAAAGGAGAAAGGCAGCAGGAGAUCAGGCGGAAAAAAACAUCGCAACGAGAAGAAGGGACAGUUGUAUGUGACUUUAAAUAAGUACAUACAGAACGAGAAAGAAAAGAACAGUUCUGAUGUGACAGCUGAAGAACUGCCGGGGUAUCACAUUGACAAUUUCUCCAUGCGAAAGCCCUACGACCGAGUGAUUCGAUGCCUUGGAUUCCGAUUCAACUACAGCAUAUUUGACAGCUCUGCCUGCCCACCGAACAGUGCAAAUGCAAGAGGGAGGUUGCCAGCAUUGUCACCAUGGUAUGAAGGUGAAGACACCCCUGGUUUGUUUGUACUGGGAACUGCUGCCCACUCCAGAGACUACCGCUCAUCUGCUGGAGGGUUCAUCCAUGGAUUCCGUUACACAGUGCGAGCUGUACAUCGUGUACUUGAACAUCGUUACCACAGCAACCGGUGGCCAUCUACAAAACUGUUGACAACACAACUGCAAUCCUGGAUUCUGAAGCGGAUUGGCGAAGCCUCUGGGCCAUACCAAAUGUUUGAGAUACUUGGGGACAUCAUACUGCUUCGAGGCUCUCACUGUGAAUACGUGGAAGAGUUUCCACUCCAGGCCUUGCCUCAGUUCUCCUCUGUCUCGGGCCAUGAGGUGUCCAAACAUGGACUGAUCAUUCUGGUCAUGCAGUACGGGAAGAAGAAGAUUGACUAUUUGGGGCGUGGCAGGGCAGUAACAGACUGGACCAAAGCUUGGAAAUCCAACUUUCUGCACCCGGUUUUGUACUACUAUGAAACACUUCCUACUGAGGAAGAAAUGAAGCUCCGUCCCCGUGGUUGGCCUUUACCUAGGCCCAAAGCAAUUCAUCACAUGGUUGAGGACUUUCUCGCAGAAUGGGAAAGCCCCAUAUCACACAUCCAGCCACUGCGGCGCUUCCUGGAACACUGUGUCCAGACUGACCUCAGAGCUUUCUAUGCAGAAUCAUGUUUCCGCUUCUCCCUUAUCCACCGCAAGCCGCCACUGUUUUGCCGCCAAGGAUACUUGAAGCAGCAGGGAGUCACUCACAACAGUCUGCUGAGGCAGUACUCUCUCGGCACGGGACUCAUGCCUACUGAGCAGGAUGCGGACCCAUCAGAGACUGACAAUGCGUUCUCCAAAUACCUGGCACAAGCUGAAGCCUCCAUGUCUUCAGGAUUGAAACUUGAUUUCUGAUUGUCUUACCUUAGCGUGUUAAAGCUAUGCCUAUGGCACCAUUUAGGUUCCUCAUACUUUCUACCUCCAGUACCCAUAUAUUAAUAAUUCCAUCCACAAGACCAAAUACUUUGACAGAAUACCAUCCUGCAAAUCAGUGGUUCCUAACCUUUUUGGCUUGUGAGGUCUGUACUUGCAAACCCUCGUCACCACUGAACUAUUUCAACCAAAGAGUGAUUUUCCUUGCUUUAGUUUGAUAAUGUUAAUGGGCCCUGAAGAUGUAUAAACUAUCCGGCAGAUUAGAGGAAAGUCUGAAAAUAAACUUUGUGUAUAAUUUUCCUCUUCUGUUAAUCAUCUCAUGGCCCCUCAGAAUUAUCUGCCGAACUCUUGGGGACCCCAACUACCUGCUGCUUAUCACUGGAGAGUCACCUAGUCCCUUGAAAGCUCCCUUAUUAAUAUUAUGAUUAUUAUUAUGAUUUCUCACAGAAUAUUGAUAUACAUUAUAGUUAUAUUUCAUAUGUAUCCAGAUGUGAAUGGUUGUGUAUUUGAAGCUGUAAAGGUGGAGGGUGGAAAUAAUUAUGCAUUAUACAUUUUACA